UGCCCUCUCAGGUAUCAGGCCUCUAACCAGCCCCUCUGUAUGGGUAGCGACCCACAUGCCUCUUCUUUUUGAUUAGGGUUUGAGGAUUGCAGCUUGUUCUCCACUGUGUUCACUGGACUACCAUCCAGUUCCUGUGCUUUGCUUUCUCUCCAAGGGCUGUGAGCACUGUGUGUGUGAUAGAGGUGGGAAUUUGGUGAUACUUUUGGUGAUAUGAUGCCAAUACACACCUCAGUUUCCCUCUGUGAUUGGUGUUACUAUGAUUAUAACGAGCAGGAGUCAUGUAUCUGUCAUGGGGUGAUAUGAAUGGGUUAUUAAGGACUGGUUUCAACCAACCUACAUCAAUGGAAUACCCAACAGAGACAAGGGAAUAAUUGUCACCUGUCCAUGGGAGGAUCUCCGUUUGGCUGAGUGAAGUAUAGAUGGACUCGUUAUGUUUUUGGGAGCAGGAAGAACUGGGCUCGCAGACGCUGGGAGCUCUACCAGAGCGAAGACAAAUGGACAGUCACAGUGAAAGGAAACCAAAACGUUUACUACAGCAGCGUGGCUCAAGGACAUUGGCCAGGUUUCCAGUUUCCAAACCUGAUGUGAUCUUGCAGCUGGAACGAGGGGAAGAGCCGUGGGUCCCAGACCUCCAGGGGUCUGAGAAAGAAGUGCUCCUGAGAGCUGCCUGCACAGGUGAUGGGAUGGUGAGUGAGAAUGAGGAGGAGAAACCCCAGCAGGAAGAUGCUGAGCAAGUAGAACCACAUGGAACGUUAUCAGGAAGAUCCAAAGGGAAUGUUUCCGAGAGUUGUGCACUCCGAGAAAAAGCAAAAGCCUGUGAGACUCAGCAGAUGCCAGAGGAAAACUUCAGUAGCCACUCAGACCUUAUAACAUGCGAUAGAAUCAACUUGGAAGGGAGACCCUACACAUGCCAUGAGUGUGGGAAAAGCUUCAGUUGGAACUCUGCCCUUAUCACACAUUGGAGAACCCACACUGGAGAGAAGCCCUACACAUCCUCUGAAUGUGGGAAAAGCUUUAGUCAGCGUUCAAAUCUUAUCACACAUGAGAGAAUCCACACAGGCGAGAUGCCCUACACAUGCUCUGAGUGCGGGAAAAGCUUUAAUCGGAGCUCACACCUUAUCACACAUGAAAGUAUCCACACAGGAGAGAAGCCCUACAUGUGCUCUGAGUGCGGGAAAAGCUUCAUUGAUAGUUCAAGCCUCAUCUCACAUGAGCGAAUCCACACAGGAGAGACACCCUACACAUGCUCUGAGUGUGGGAAAAGCUUUAAUCACAGCUCUACCCUGAGCAAACAUAGAAGAAUCCACACAGGUGAGAAACCUUAUGGAUGCUCUGAGUGCGGGAAAAGCUUUAGUCAGCGUUCAGACCUUAUCACACAUCAGAGAACCCACACAGGAGAGAAGCCCUACACAUGCGCUAAGUGCGGGAAAAGCUUUAAUCGGAGUUCACACCUUAUCACACAUGAGAGAAUCCACACAGGAGAGAAGCCAUACAUGUGCUCUGAGUGUGGGAAAAGCUUUGGUCAUCACUCAACCCUUAUCACACAUCAGAGAAUCCACACAGGAGAGAUGCCCUACACAUGCUCUGAAUGCGGGAAAAGCUUCAUUGAUACUUCAAGCCUCCUCUCACAUCAGCGAAUCCACACAGGGGAGACGCCCUACACAUGCUCUGAGUGUGGGAAAAGCUUCAGCGGGCGCUCACACCUUAUCAGACAUCAGAGAAUCCACACAGGAGAGUUGCCCUACACAUGCUCUGAGUGCGGGAAAAGCUUCAAUCGGCGCUCUAACCUUAUCACGCAUCAGAGAAUCCACACAGGAGAGAGACCCUACACAUGCCCUGAGUGCGGGAAAAGUUUAAAUAGGAGCUCAAACCUUAUUACGCAUCAGAGAAUCCACACAGGAGAGAGACCCUACACAUGCUCUGAGUGCGGGAAAAGCUUCAAUCGGAGCUCAAACCUUAUCACGCAUCAGAGAAUCCACACAGGAGAGAGACCCUACACAUGCUCUGAGUGCGGGAAAAGCUUCAAUCGGAGCUCAAACCUUAUCACGCAUCAGAGAAUCCACACCGGAGAGUAGCCCUACAUGUGCUCUGAGUGCGGGAAAAGCUUCCGCAAGAGCUCAAACCUUAUCAAACGUUGUAAAAUCCACACAGGAGAGAAGCCUUAAAUGUGCUCUGAAUAUGGGAAAAGCUUUAGUCAGCACUCACAACUUAUCUCAUAUUGUAGAAUCCACACAAGAGAGACACCCUUCACAUGCUCUGAGUGCGGGAAGAGCUUUAGUUAUCGCUUGCAGGAAAAGCUUCAGUUGGAGCUCAUGCCUUAUCAGACAUCAGAGAAUCCACAAAGGGGAGAUGCCAAAUACAUCAGGCCUGCACAUCUCGUAAAGCGGCGAGGGCCGUAUUACUCCAGAGAAAACAGCUGAGGGCCGAAAUCCCCUAGCCCCGCCAACCCCCCCCAGUGCUGCCCAGCCCCGCGGAAAUAAACCCUCCUUUCCCAGUGCCACCCCGCCGAAACAGCUGUGGGCUGAAAAGGAAGGUGGGGGGGGGGGGGGAGGUGAUACUUUAUUAAGAAUUUUUCAAUUAAAGCAAACAAUUUUUUAAAAUUAUUUUAAUGAAAAUACUGAAAAUGGAUGCCCCCCUCCAGCCACCGACUCACCUCCUCAUGCCUCCAAGUAUAAAGCUCCCCCCACCACUGCCCGCCCACUUGGCUCAUCAUCCCCCCAUGCCCCAGGCUCGCCUACUCACCCCCCGCCGUCUGCUCGCCUCCUCAGCCCCCUCUCCCCCACCGCCAGCUCACCUGCCCCCCCGCCACUGGCCUCUUCACCACCUGGUCAGCCAGCCAGGCAGCCGUUGGCUUGCUCCACUCCGCUGCUUGCCCACUCACCCCCUGCAGGCCACCCAGGGAGCCCGUGCAGGCCACAUGCUGCCCAGAGCCCAUAUAUUGUGCAGGCCUGCUAUACAUGCGCUGAAUGCGGGAAAAGCUUCAGGUGGAGCUCACGCCUUAUCAGACAUCAGAGAAUCCACACAGGAGAGAUGCUCUGAGUGUGGGAAAAGCUUUAAUCGGAGCUCAAACCUUAUCACACAUAGGACAAUCCACACAGGAGAGAAACCCUACACAUGCUUUGAUGCAGGAAAAGCUUCAGUAAUAGCUCAAGCCUUAUUAGACAUCAGAAAAUUCACAUGAGAGAGAACUGUAAUAAAUCCCUUGACUAGGGCUGGCCAAAAAAAUUAAAAAAAAAAUCACAUUUGCUAAUUCCCACAUAGUGAUUUUUGCACCAUCUUCACCGUCGCCUCUCAGCUCCACCAGAUGAGUUGCCUGCUUCUGCCUUUGCAGCUCACCCUUCUUUGGGGUCAGUCCUGUGAUCUUUUCUAUCAACUCCUUUCCUUUUGAGUUGUAGGAGUGUGUCCCUCAGCCAGGAAAGUUCAUCGGCUCCAGGGGGGAGAGAGGUUUGAUCCCAACAAGCUACACUGAUUGAAAAAACCACCUGUGCCUUACAUCCACUAGGACUGUACAUGGCGUUGGCUGCUCAAGUUAGUGAUCUUGGUGUAAAAAGACAAUUAUAGUUGUAGUACAGAUGCAGCCCAGGAGCAGUGGCUGGCAUUAACUUUCCCCUUGACCUGACCUAAACUCCAUCACUUUUCCUAGUCUAAACAAACCCUGAGCAUCACAGUUAUACUGUUCCCCCAUUUCAAAGCAAUUGUUAGUCAUCAAGUUCCCUCUUGGGGAACAAAUUGUUUCAUUCCCGGCUGCUCUGAUGUUACUUCAAGUUGCUUUGGAGAGCAGAUAUUUUUACUACCAUUUUCCUCACUUAAAAUAUAUUGAACUAUAAUAAAGAGCAGGGAUAGGAAAAAUUGUCAUUUUACCCUCUGUAACAACAGAAGAUAGGGUAAGUCAGAGGGAUUCCCUUAUUCUCCAUCACCAUCCCAAUCCCCCUGUUGUUCAAUUGGUUAGGUCAAUAUUUUUUCUAAAGGGCUGGGAAGAGGAUUCCCUAGUAAAUGACUUGUAACUAUGCAAAAUACCCAUGCAUUGGGCUCCCAAAGCGGUUGUGGGCCAUGCCCUGCCCUGCAGGAGGUCGCUCCUGAAGAUAUCUCCUUCCUGACCAGGUGCAUGUUGCCUUUUAUUUGGGAAAUGCAAUCCCUAUCUAGGUAGAGAUGGGAAAAAUGGAAAUG